AUGUCGUUGAUUUAUGAAUGCGGUCCUUUUUGUAGUUGUCCUUUGCAUUGCAGAAACCGUGUGACACAAAAAGGUAUUAAAUAUAGGUUGGAAGUGUUUAGAUCUAAUGAAACUAGUUGGGGAGUUAGGUCUUUGGACCCUAUUCUAGCUGGAACUUUUAUAUGUGAGUUCACCAGACUUGUUUUGACUAGGGAGCAAGCAGAAAUUUUGACCAUGGAUGGUGAACAUAACUCUUUGACUAUAUAUCCAAAUCGAUUUUUGAAUAGGUCUACUCAAGAAUGGGGAGAUUUGUCGAUGAUUGAUGCUAAUCAUGUGCAUCCCGCAUAUCCUACUUUACAUUUUGCAUUGGAUGUAUCAAUGAUGAGGAAUGUUGCCAGCUAUAUUAGUCAUAGCCCAACUCCAAAUGUGUUUGUUCAAUUAGUUCUCUUUGAUAAUGGUAAUUGGAUGUUUCCCCAUCUUAUGGUAUUUGCAAUGGAAAACAUCCCUCCAAUGAGAGAGCUUAGUCUUGAUCAUGGGGUAGAAGCUGGGUAG